AUGGGAGAAGAAGUUUUCGAAAGGGUGCUCCAAGACCUAAGCCUGGCGCCAACUGAAUAUGAAGCUCUAGAAAGAGACUUCCAAAUCAUGCUUCAAGAAAUGCAAGGCGACCAAACCCUAGAAAGGUUCAGACAAGAAUAUGAAAAACUCCACAGGACCCUUAAGCGUUCACAUGAAAUCGAAAAAAGACUCAUAAAAAGAUGCAGGGAGCUUAAUAGAGACAUACAAUUAAAUGCCAAAGGUGUUCAAGAGGUACUAAGAAUUAGGAUUAGGAAUAUUAUAGCGCCUUCAUAUAGAUGGCGCGCAAUGCGCCAUCUAUAGGAAGGCGCUAUAAAAGUCAGGCGUUAGCCAUAUUUGUGACGCAGUCACCAAAGACUCCCAUACAGGAGGUUCUACCGCUUUUCGACUCCAGCCCAGAGGGUCUAUCCCUUUUACGAGUGCCCUUCCGGUACAUUUUGUCUCCUCCUUACCUUGAGGCUUCAGUCUUGAGUGGGCAGCUUAUGGAUUUCUGCCCAGUUUCUCGGUAGAGGAAUGCUCAUGGGUCCUCAGAUCCAAAGGGCGUUGUCGAGCAUCUCCAUUUCACCACAGGAAAGCAGCCAAAACCUACCGGAUACACAUCUCUUGAGCCUGCACAGAUUCUCGGUUCUGAGUCCUUCCCAGUUCCCCUAGCCAUAAGAUCCGGACUGCUGCACCAAGAGGGCAGGCUGACACGCGUCACAAUUUUAAUGUGUGUUCAAGAUGCGCUAAGGAUGGCACAAAAAGAUAGCGAAAACAUCAAGUCACUGAAAACUGAAGUUGAAAAAGCAUGGAAAUUAGUGGAUUCUCAUAAAGAAAAAGAAGAACGUAGUAAGCAGACCAUUCAUAACCUGAAGCAAGAAAUUAGCCAGCUAGGCAAGAUUGUGGAGCAAGGGUCAGGAAUUUCUGUCAACCAGGAAAGCACGAUUAAAGAGCUCAUGGAAGAACGUGAUAGACUUUUGUCAGAGCGAGAAGCUCAGGUUGCGAAACUUACUAACCUGCAUAAUGAAAAUUUUACUAUUACAGACAAAGUCCAUAAGCUAGAAAGCGAAAUACUGGGACUUGACAGUGAAAAGAAAAACCUUAAAGACAUUAUUUCUCAACAUAGAAGUAACACAGAAAGAGAAGAAAGAAGAAGAAAAAGACUUGAAGGUGAGCUAGAACAAGCUACAAAAAAGCGAAAUGAGCUGGAAUCUGAUGUAAACGAUAAAGAAAAACAACGAGAAGACUCCAAACAAGAUCUAGAUAAAAUGAUAGAAGAAUGGGAAAACUUGAAAAAGAGUGUUAUAGAUAUUUCUAAACAAAUACAAGAAUGUAGAGACAACACUAAAAAAGUGGAAGUUGAGCAGAAAACACAAAGCGAGCUGAAUAAACAAUUAGAGCAAAACAGAAAAGAGAAUGUAAGGAUCCUUGAAGAGCUUGACAUGAAAAUUUUAGAGCUCAGAAAACAAAACCAGCAGCUCACAAGAGACAUAAUCAAGCAGAAAAAAACCAAUAAAAAUCUCACAAAUAUCAUAGGUGACGCCAAUCUCCAAAAAGAAUCAGCAAAGCAGAAUAUUUACAAUCUUGGCAAAGUUAUAGAAGCAGCCAAGCGUCAAGCUGAAGAAGACCGCAAAAUCAUCAUUUCUUUACAAGAUGACUUAAAAAAAAUAGAAGACAAUGUAAGAAAUACAGAAGAAGACACUAAGAAAAAACAAGAAGAUAUCAGCGAAAAAGCAAGAGCAGAAGAACAUUUAAAGGCAGAAAUUAAAGAAAAAGAAGAAGAUGCUGCAAGACAAUAUCAAGAUAUUAUAAGGCUGAGUAAAAUUAAAGAAAAAUUUGGAAUUGAGGCAAGCCAGGCCAAUGCAAAAUAUUUCCAAUGCUUAGAAGAAGUCAAGCUGAAAAAUAACUUAAUAGCUGAGCUGCAAAAGAAAAACUUAGAAGCAGAGUCAAGACUUAAACAGCAGCAAAACUUGUGUGAAGCGGUUAGAAGCGAUAGAAACCUUUACUCGAAAAAUUUGAUUGAAAGCCAAGAUAUGAUUGCUGAGCUAAGGAGAAAUUUCAAAAUUUAUCAUCAUCAAAUUGAGCAGCUAAAAGAAGAAAUCGAAGCUAAAACUGCAGAUUUAAAGGAAAAACAGUCAAAAUCUUCAAAACUUUCUGGACAAAAUGAAGGAAUCAAGCUAAACACUGAAAAAAUACAAAAAGUUAUAGAGCAGCUUACAAAUAGAAAAAAGAAUUUGGUCAAUGAAGCAACGAAGCUUAAAGAAAUCAUUAUCGCUGCAGAUAAAGAGCGUGAAGCCCAAAAAGAGCAGUAUGAAAGGAUCAUCAAUAUGAGAGAUUUGCUUGGGACUCAGCUUAUAAGAAAAAAUGACGAGUUAGCUCUUUUGUAUGAAAAAAUAUGAUUUUUCAGAUAAAUUUACAAAAAAUAUUUUUUAUAAAAAUAAGGCAAUACAUAUCAUAAUUCAGCAUAAAAAUCCAGCAAAGCGCAUUAGCAAAGGGUGAAGUCAUGUACCAAGAAAGGAACGGUGAUAUAAGGCUUCUUAAAUUCAAAAUCGCUGAUUUGAAUCGUGAGCUUGCCAUUAUUACCAAACAAGCUGGCGAGAUUGAAUCUCUCAAGCAACAAGUAUUUUUGCUCGAAGAAGAGCUGCUGCAAGAAAGAACCAAAGUUAAAGCUCUAUCAGAAGAAUUAGAAAAUUCUAUGAACACUAACAGAUACCAAGAACUAGAAGGCAAAGACCCACCAGCUUUCGAACUAAUUUCCAAAGUCGAAACCUUACAGCAUCGUCUUAUCUCUAAAACCGAACAAGUUGUCGAACAAGAUGUCCUUAUCCAAGAAAAGAAAAAACUCCUUAUAGAGCUUAACGAAAUUUUAGAAAAACAGCCAGGUGUAGACGUCGCAAGAGAGUUGUCCUUCUACAAGCAAAAAUUAAGAGAAACCACCAGAAAAAUGAAGAGCAUUGCGAGUGAGCUGAAUAUGUUCCACUCACAAGUAAAUGAAUAUAAAGAAGAUAUUGAAAGACAGACAAAGGAGCUGCAGGAGUAUAAAAGGAAAUAUUAUGAGAAGAAAAGGGCAGAAAGGGAGAUGACUCAGUAA